UCUGAAAGGGAGGUGGGGAGAGUAUACAUGCUCUGUGUUAAGGCAGCUGGCUGAUUUGGGUUCUUACUGUUGAACUUCGGUCUCUCUGAGAAACCUAACCUUUAUUUUGUGAACUCUGCUCAUCUCCUAGGAGUAAGUCCCAGGAUGCGUCUGCUUUGUGCUCUGGGUCUCUUCUUGGCCCUGCUGCAUGUGACCUCCUGUCUGCGGAUUGGAGCCUUCAACAUCCAACAAUUUGGGGACAAGAAAUCAAGAAAUAAGGAUGUCAUGGAUACCAUCAAAGAGAUUGUCCUUCGCUAUGACAUCAUUCUGAUCCAGGAGGUCCUCGACCCAGAUGGGAAAGUAACCAAAAGACUCAUGGAUCUUGUUAACAAUGUGUGUGUUAGUGUGUCUGUGUUUACUGUGUGUCUCCCCAGCGGUUCUCCUCAGUUCGCAUACAUCUCCAGUGAGCCCCUGGGUCCCGGCAGCUAUAAGGAGAGAUACCUCUUCCUCUACAGGGUUCAGACGGUGUCCGUGAAAGGCAGCUUCCAAUACUUCCCAUACAGAUACUUCUUCAAACUAGCCCACUCCCAGCGUUGGAGUGAGAUCCAGGUCUUCGAAAGACCGCCCUUCGUCGUCAAGUUUUCCUCCACACAGACCGAUGUGGAGGAAUUUGUUCUGAUCCCCAUUCACACCUCUCCAAGAACUGCUGCAGAAGCUGCUCGACAAUAUAAGAAGUCCACUGUAGGAGAACUGCAGUCUCUUGUUAACGUGGUGAACGAGGCCAAAAGCCUUUGGCAUAACAAUAACAUCAUGGUGCUCGGAGACUUCAACGCGGCCGGCACGUAUGUAAGAAGGGAUGACUUCCGGAAUAUCCCCCUCUUCACCGACAACAACUUCCACUGGCUGAUCGAUCACGAUGUUCAAACUGCAGUGUCGGGGUCUCAAAAGGCUUACGACAGAAUUGUAGUCACCACUGAAAUGAACAAUGGAGUUGUGCCAUGCAGCGCUGACGUCUUUAACUUCAAGAAUAAAUAUGGUCUUACCCCGGUUCAGACGCGUGCCGUCAGUGACCAUUUCCCUGUGGAGGUGGAGCUACGGAACAAAGGAACCACUACACAGACCCCCACUACACAGACCCCCAGACGGAAGCAGACCUACCAAGAGAGGUUUCUCUAUAUUUUGUAUGGUUUGAAUGCUGUGAGGGGAGCUAACCGCUGUCAACAGUGGCAGCGCUAGCGUAUUUCUGUAUGGUAGGGCUAACCCAUACAGUGGUGGGGCUCAAGUCAGUAUUUGCAAUGUAAUUACAUACACGCUAUAUCGCCCCCCUUGACAGUGAAACGCCACGCGUGAGGUUUAGAUUAUUUCCCUGUCUCAAUCAAAAUGUAACUGUAUGAAAUAAAAUGGCACAUUUGUCUUGUAGUAAAUAAAAAGGGAUCACUGUGAACGUGACCAAUGGGGAUACUGAAUGGUGGUUCCGACUGAUCUCAUCAGUAAGGCAUGACGCAGACCCAACGUUUCGUUGCUCUGAUUGGCUGUAGGUCUGACUCUAUUCAAAUUGCAUUCGGAGGCAUUUUGAUCUGACCGCGGCUGCGCUGAUAUCAUAACGCCAGAGAAUUUCCACACCUUUAGUGUAUAAAACUCCCCCACUACUUAGACUAUUCCUUGCACCCCUCGAGCAUAACCCCGAAUGGUCUCAACCAUAUUGCAUCAGAAACGUGCACUUGUUGUAACAGCAGGAUCAGUUUGUGUGUUGUGGACACGACCCGUAUAUUUUCGCAAUCCGUGUUCUCAACAUUUUGCUUAUUAUUUAAUUUAAUUUGCUUACUUUAACAUCAUUUUUCAUGGUGGGUCUAAGCCAUUUCUUGGUAUGGCUGUAGCCUACCCCAGCCAUACCCUGGCGCCGCCACUGGCUGUCAAGGACUGUAAUGACCGUUGCUAAGGAGGAUCAAGAAAGAGAGAGGAAAAGAGGUUUAAAAAAAAAAAAAAAUCUUAAUAAUGAAAAUCUUUCCACAAAAAUCAUGUUUUGCAAAUUAUUUGGCGGCAAAUAUUGAAUUUACAUUUACACCCUUUAAUAUUGUAUUUGGGCUUUUAGAUGAAGACACAAGACGCACAGUUAAUAAAUACAACUAUUCUUCUGGUUAAAAUACAUAUUUUUAAAAGUCAAUCAAGGAGUAAUCUUAAUUUUAGGUGUUUGAAGAGUAGAUUUAAAAAUACAAUUUCUUUUGGAAAAAAUGAUUGCCACAAAAAAUCAAAGGGCGGCUCAACACGCCAUGACAUGGUAAAUAAUGAGCUCUAAUGAAGAGUGGGAUUUAAAGGAACAAUAAACAUUCUUGCCAUGUUGUGUUUAUGGUGCUUUUUGGUUCAACCUAUUUUUGUUUUGUUGAAGUGGUCCUGAUGUCAUCUCCUAUGUUAUUGUUGUGUCCAUGUUUGUGUCUUUAGCUUGGUACAAAAUAAAAAUGUAUGUUUUUAAAA